AUGCAGCUGCGCUGGAGCGGCCACCUGGUGCGCAUGGACGACGAGCGAUUAUCCAAACGACUCUUCUACGGGGACGUCGCGACGGGUUCUCGCCGUCAAGGAGGCCAAAUUCGCCGUUACAAGGAUACCCUGAAGUCCUCCCUGAAGCGUCUGCAAAUCAACCCGACCAACUGGGAAGAGCUCGCACUCGAUCGACCGACCUGGAGGAGGACAGUGAAGACAGUCGCUGCGAUCAACGAAGCCAAUCGCAUCGCUGCCUCCAGGGCGAAACACGAAGCCCGCAAAUCACAACUCCGCCCAGUGCGCAACGCCGCCGCACAACCGCUUUCAACGUGUCCUCGGUGUCAACGGACAUUCCGGGCUCGAAUCGGACUAGUUGGACACCUUCGGAUCGACUGUGCCUCUCGAACUGCACCAAACAUCGUCCCCCCGCCUCUUCUUCCCCUCCGCCGCCAAAUAACUCUGACAUUUCUUCUCAACCACCACUUUCAUCCGCCUCCUCCUCCUCCAUCGCUUCCCAACGGCGGCCGCUCCGGCGGCCGUCUCGCACAUCACCAACCGCGACACAACAACAGACACCACCCCCACCUCUCCCGACUUCAGCGAUGAGGACCAGGACUAUACCUGCCCUCACUGCGAUCGCACCUUCGACUCACGCACCGGCCUGGUCGGUCACUUGCGGAUCCAUCGCACAGAGACUGUCGAGCCAGUGCCUGGAGCACCAGCCUAUACCCACCGCACUCGCCUCCACUGCCCAAAUUGCCCUCGCACCCUCAGGCAUCGCAUGGGCCUAUUUGGCCCUAUGCGCAUCCAUGAGAGCGGCAAUGACCGCACUCCCGACACACCCACGACAUCCAACACAUCCACCACCCCCAGCUCCACACUCGCUCCACCGCCACACGCGCCCAUCACCACCACCACCACCAACACCACCACCACCACCACCACCACUAACACCACUGCUUCCUCUACAGUUGACACCGACACCGCCGACCUCUCAUGCCCACAUUGCCCACGCACUUUCACCUCACGCAUCGGUCUGGUCGGUCACUUGCAAAUCCAUCGCACAGAGACUGGCGAACCAGUGGCUGGAGCACCAACCUACACCCACCAAGCUUGA